GCAACAUAACAACCAACGGCAGUAACAGUUACGGCUUGACACUUUAGCUUUAGCUUACAGACAAGAAACAGCGGCGGUGUCGAUUAAGGAUCUUCCAUUUCACGAUGUCAGCCACCGGUCCAGAAGGUUCUGGCGCAGCGUCGAGCAACAGGCGCUUGCAGCAGACGCAGGCCCAGGUGGAUGAGGUGGUGGAUAUAAUGCGUGUCAAUGUGGACAAAGUGCUGGAACGUGACCAGAAGCUAUCUGAACUGGAUGACAGAGCAGACGCACUGCAGGCUGGUGCCUCCCAGUUCGAGACCAGUGCUGCUAAACUGAAAAGAAAGUACUGGUGGAAGAACUGCAAGAUGUGGGCCAUCCUGAUAGCUGUCAUAGUGAUCAUCGUGAUCAUCAUUAUUAUUUGGAGUUACUCGUAAAACGGCAACAUGAAGAGGAAGAGGAGUGGAGGAAACAAUGAAGAAGAAGAGAGUAGCAAUGUGCAUAAUUAAUGUCUCAGAGGAAGAGGUCACAUGAUUACUGGCUACUGAGCUCCACAACAUUUUUCCCCUCCUGUGGGGGGUUUCUUCAUUCCUUGUCCUGAAUUGCCCUCUGUGUGUGUGUGUGUGUGUGUGUGUGUGUGUGUGUGUGUGUGUGUGUGUGUGUGUGUGUGUGUGUGUGUGUGUACGCAUGUGCCUUUGCCUGUGCGUGGGUGUGUUUGCACGUGUGCCUGAGUAAAGGUUUGCCAUAGCACCACAGUUUUACCCAGCCUUACUACACCAUACCAGCCAUUCAGCUUGUAUUAGUACCAUUCCACAUACCAAAGAAAACAGACACAUACAUAGAGAAACAGGUUGAUAAUGAAACCCACACUCAACUAAAUCACUCUCUCAGGAUGGUGUCAUAUAGGGAAAUAAGCAGCCAAGGCCCCAGCCUAUUCAAAAUUAAAAAUAAUGAAUGAUAGACUGUAUGACAAAGAAUACACACAUUGUCCAACCUCAGGACUAGAAGUGAAGAAUAUCAUUGUAAACUCUCCUCAACUUAUACUUUCUUUUUUUUAUGUUUUAUUAAUAGCCAUUGAAUUUUGUGUGCCAAGCUAAGAGACGUGCCUUUGAAGAUAUUCUGUUCUUGGUUUGUUUUCAUUGUAACGGUAACCCUGCGUAUCAUUGAAGAGAUACUCCUUUCCAACAUGCAAACAUUUUGACUCUUUAGUGUGUAACACCAAUAUUUUGGAUUUUCUCCUCAUUUUUUAAAAAUUUGCUGGUCUGUUAUUUUUCAAAUGGUUACAGUUGACUUGGGAAUAGUGGGAUCCAAUGCCUUAUUUUAUUUAUGCACAUGGUUGAGCGCUGAUUGACGUCUCUGUUUAAGAUAUUAGAUUUUGGAUUUAAUAAAGAGGUAUUUCAUUGGUCACCUGACAACAAAGAAGCUUAUCAGGAACACACUGUUGAACCUUAUCAUACUUGUCCAUGUCCAUCCUCUCAGGUAGGAUUUGGUGUACAGUAUAAGCUAGUAUGAGCUUGUAUUUAAGUGCCUAUAGGCUAAGACCAACAGUCUCACAGCAUGACAAAACUGCCAUAAUGUUUUAAAAAAAACAGAGUGAUACACUGGGUCUAGAAUGUGGUGAAUUAUCAUCACUAUCUAAUCAGGUGCUCUCCAGGAUGUGCCAGAAAGCGUGCCUUUGUGACAUAUUCACACACAUUCACACGCACAAAAAAGUAAGGAAUUGUAGUUUUAGACAGAUGCCUUAAUAGGUUUCUCCAAUGGAGAACAACCAAAAAUACAGCCACACCUUAUUGAUCAAAUAUACCAGCCAGUUUAAGAGUUGUGCCUUCUGAAUGAUCUGACUUUCCAAACAAAGGCUGUGUUUGCUUUAUUCAGCUGAAUUUAUUAACCUUCAAUUAAGUCUUCUGUAUAGUCACACUGGCAUGUGUCCUAUUUGAUCAAUACAAAGGACUUAAGUGUGCUAUUUUAGUUGUAUUAUCCUUUAAUAAUAGCUUUUUUGCAAAUUAUUAUAUGUAAAAUUAAUCUUAGGGAGACUAUUAAGUAUUUUUUGUGUUUGUGCUCACUUGCUGCCGAGCAUCAUGGGUGUUGGAGUGUGGAGAAAAACUUUUGUCGGGCAAUGACAGUGUGAGAUGUAUUAUGCCAACACUGAAUGAUUACAUACCCUGCUGUUGCUUCCAUCUUAUUAGAAGAAAUGUAUUUUAAUCAAAACAGUUUGGGAUUACUUUGUCCUUGUACAUUAACAUCACACUUUCUGGAAUUUCUUAUUUUCUUUGAUUACUGCAAACUAACAGUUAUUUGUUAUUUGGCCUUCAAGUGCAUGCAUGAUACUAUCACAAGCUUUGGUAACAAAAUGAAACACUAACACAAAUACGGACUUUUGAUAAAUUUUUAUGUUUAUAUAGAUGUAGUCAAGCUGUAGCCAUUAAGGAGAUCGUUAAAUGUUUUCAAAGGCCACUGAAAAUGUUUUACAGGCCAGCCUUUUAUCACAGAUUAGUGGAAUUAUCAUCAUCCUCUCCUGUCUACACCAGAGAUGUGAGACUCUCUAACUUCCAAGCCUUGCUUAUGUCUACCUACUGGGGGUGCAUUUGGAAAUAAGUGCAAUUCUACUCUUUUGCCCAAAUGCCUAUUGCUUGAAUAAAACAGAUUGAAUUUAAAUCACAAA